AUGAUGAAGAUAUACGCUACGUCUUAUACAAUUUUAUUGCUGUUCGUAGUUCAAAAUAGUUAUGGAAUUUCAAGUCCUCUUGAACCAUUUACUACUUAUCGAUAUUCAACUGAACUUCAACUUGACGUAGCUGAUCUUUGGUGGACAGUAGAUGAAAUUGAACAAGAAAUUACUUUUGAAUUACAUAUUAAAACACUAGGAUGGGUUGCUUUGGGUAUUAGUCCAGCUGGUGGAAUGAAAGGUGCCGAUAUUGGCCUUGGAUGGGUUGAUAAAGCAGGUGAAGUUCAUUUUCAAGAUCGAUAUGCAUAUGGCACUUCACGACCAGUAGUUGAUAAUACCACAAAAGACUGGUUUGCAUUAAAAGGUCGUGAACAAAAUGGUUGGACAGCUAUUCAAUUCAAACGUUUUCUUGAUACUUGCGAUACAAUGGAUGUUCCAAUUAAAUCUGGUACUAAUAUUCUUAUUUUUGCCUAUGGUCUUGAUGAUCCUGAUAUGUCUCAAUCAGAUGGCUCAAUAUAUUAUCAUGAUAAGCGACGAGGUUCACGCAUUCUUCCACUGCAAUCUUAUGGUAAUCCAUCACCAGAAGAAAAAUUUGCUGGUCUUGACUCUUUUGAGUUCCGCUUGAAAGACUAUGUUGUGCCAUCUAAUGACACGACUUAUCAUUGUAAAAUCUACAAAGCACCAACUAGUUUUUCACAACGAAGACAUGCUAUUGCACAUAAAACAUUAAUUGAUCCAAAUAAUCGAGAUCUUGUUCAUCAUUUAUUAUUGUAUGAAUGUAAUCCUACAGCUGUAUUCGAUGAUAACAAUUUACCAGAUGGUUUAUGUGAUGAAAUUAUGCCAAAAAUUGCUCAAUGUGCUUCAAAUAUUGCCAGUGGAUGGGCUGUUGGUGGUGAUGAUAUAGUAGAAUUUCCAGAGAUUGGUGGAUAUCCAGUAGGUGGUGAUUUUGAGAUAAAAUAUUACAUGGUUCAAAUGCAUUAUGAUAAUCCAAAGUUAACAUCUAAUCGUCGUGAUAAUUCAGGCAUUCGAUUUUAUCUGGGAAAAGAACUUCGUCAAUACGAUAUUGGUUAUCUUACAUUUGGUGCUGAUUCAAGUUAUGCCGCUAUUGCUAUUCCACCAGAAACUGAUCGAUUUAUAAUCGAUUCUUAUUGUCCAGCUGAGGCUACAAAAUAUUUUCCUGAAUCGGGAAUAACAGUUCUUGCCGCAUUUCCACAUACUCAUUUGCAAGGUUCCAGUCUAUGGACAAAAGUAAUUCGAAAUAACACAGCGGUUGAAUAUUUAUUUAAUGCUGAUGCAUAUGAUUUCAAUUAUCAAUUUGAAAAUCGACUACCAAAACCAAUUCAAUUGUAUCCCGGUGAUGAGCUAGCGACUCGUUGUAUUUAUAGAACGUCAAAUAAAAGUGUUAUAACUUUGGGUGGUGAAAGAACAAGAGAUGAAAUGUGUUUACAUAUGUUUGUUUAUUAUCCUCGUAUGAGAAAUGUAUACGGUUGUAUGACAUUCUUUUCUCAAGAAGUAUGGAAAGAAAAAAUGAAUAGUUCAGAAUCCUCAUUAAAUUAUCAAGCACUUGGAAAAUGGUUAAAAGAAUUGACAUGGACACCCGACUCAGUAAUUCAAUGGCAGGAAUUUUAUAAUGAUGCACCACGUGUCGUUAUGGUUGGUCGUGCAGGCAAUUUUGACUAUAUAAAUCUAACUAAAAUACCAGAAUAUGAAGAUUUAGAGCCAACAAAAUGUAAAAGAGGCGUUCCGAAUUCAGCUAUUCAUAAAAACGUAUUUAUUCUUUGUACAUUUAUUUCAUUGUUUAUAACAAUAAUUUCAAAUUAUUUUUGA